AUGACUCCUCCUUCGUCAAAUGCACGCCGCGGACCACUCUCCAGCAAAGGCGACAAUGCAUGUCAGCCUCCUCAUAUUUCGGCCGACGUCUCAGCCCGACUAUCGUCGCCGCCUCAGGACACAGCGAGACAUCUUUAUGAAUUCAACCAUUUCGCAAAACUACCCGCAGAAAUCCGAAGUGAGAUUUGGAACCUGGCGUUCUCUCCAUCUUCUCCUCGAAUUUACAUUCCGUACGCGCGCCGAAUAGAAGGAAGUGGGAGGCAGUACCCUCACUAUCAACACGACGUGCCAGGACUUAUGUUCGUGUGCAAAGAAGUCCGGGAAAUCAUCAUCAGAAAUCGAAAACUUUCUCUCAUCUCGGGCAGAUAUGACGUCUGUACCUGUGAAUAUGUCGACCGCAUAUAUGGCUGGGUUGAUCCAAAACGCGACUCACUCUAUAUUGAUCUCCACUGGGAUAUCCAAGAUCAUUUUGAUGAUAUCGAGAACGUCUUUGAAACUGUAAUUCUCUGUCCAAAGCACAUUGGGAAUGCGAUCCAUCUGGAGGAACUGGUCAAAGAACUACAACUCGUGUGCCGAUCAUACAGCCUCCCAAUCUCUAGGUUCUCGGUUGGAACCCAGAAUGACUUUUUAAUCUUUGAUCUUGACAAGGAGAAUGAUGUAAACCGGUUUCUAGCGUUACGGAGCCGUCUUCCAAAGUGCGACAUUCCCUGGAACGAUAUCGAAGAUGAUUUGCGUCGAGAAAGAAACCUUGAUUGGCAACUUGGAGUACUCAAUGAUUGGCGUGCAGGGGUAAAGCGUUUCGAGGGCCGAUAUCAUAUACGACUUGGUGACACCGACAGCGAAGAGAUGCGACAUCAUCCCUUGCCAAAGGAUGUGCAAGUAGACGUUUUGGAUGUUUUUAAUGAUACUUGGGCUGAUCCCGAUGGCAUUUCGGAUGUUUUCCAUGGCUAUUUUUGGUUCAUGCUGCCGUGGGCGGAUUAUGCAACUUUGGUCAGCCAACUUUGGGCCUCCUCCAUCGGUGUAGAAACAUUUCCCGAGUCUUGGAUGAGUUUCGUUCUGCCUGGGUCACUUGAGACGCCCGCACGCGCCAUUGUGGGAAGCUAA